GCCGUGCGCUAUGAACCAAGUCGCACUCAGGGCAUGCGCACCUAAGCUUCCAGCCAAAUAAACCGACGGGAAGCCGAAUCAAGUUCACACGUACACGAUGCACCAAAAAAAGUCGAAGAAAGAGACCAUUCAAUUGAAAUAUGAAAUGUAUUUUCAACUCGAAGCUCUAACAAGUCAAACGGACCCUAUUGUUGUCUAAAAUAUAUAGACACCUUCCUCCGAUCCCCGCCACGGCCACCACCAACCAUCAUUUUGCCAGAUCGCCGCCAUGGCCGCCGUGCAUGGCCGGGUGCUGCUGCUGCUGCUCUCCACCCUAACGUUCCUCGCAGUUCACGCGGUGACAGCAGCGGCUGCCACCGCGACAAGCUGCGCGCCGAGGACCUGCGGCAACCUGACCAUCGCCUACCCGUUCUGGCUCCCGGUCCCGGACCAGCAGGCUUCCUCCUCGUCGUUGCCGCCGUGCGGCCCGAGCGCGUUCCAGGUGGACUGCCGCGGCGGGCGCGCGUCGCUGGCGCGCUCGUUCCGCGGCGCCUACAAGAUCCUCCGCGUGUCCUACGCGGACCGCACCGUGGUGGUGGCCAACGACAACGUGCAGACCGACGCCAGCGGCUGCCCCGUGCCGCGCAUCGACGUGUCCGCCAGCCUCAGCCUCGCGCCGUUCACGGCCAGCGGCGCCAACGCGCAGCUCGUCUUCCUCUUCAACUGCAGCAAGCCGCCGCCGGCCGGGUUCGUCAACGUGACGUGCCCGGGGGCGCAGGCCGUGGUGCGGCUCGACCCGAGGUACAACACCACCGACGCGAGGGCGGUGGCCGGGGCCUGCGACUACUCGGUCGUGCCGGUGCUGGUGUCCCCCGGCGGCGGCGCGAGCGCCGGGGACUACCCGCGGCUGCUGAGGGGCGGGUACCUGCUGGAGUGGCGGGCGUCGCCUGGGAACUGCACGGCGUGCAAUGCCAGCGGCGGCCAGUGCGGGUACGACUCCGACACGGAUGCGUUCGCCUGCCUCUGCGACGACGGGUCUUCACAUCCGGCAAGAUGCGGCGCAAAGAAGUCCGACCGGAAGGUGAUCCUGAUAGUGUCUGUGUCGAUCGCAUUCGGCCUGCUGCUGGCGCUUCUCGUCCUAAUCCUCAAGUUCCAUCGACAAAUAACACGCAGUUUCAGCUUCCUGCUGGACAGAAGCAGCAGCGGAGACACCGCGGACGUGGAAAAACUGCUGCAGAAGUACGGGUCACUCGCUCCCAAGCGCUACAGGUACGCCGAGCUGAAGAGGAUAACCAAGUCCUUCCAGCGCAAGCUCGGGGAAGGCGGCUACGGGGCGGUGUACAGCGGCGUCCUGGCCGCCGGCGCCGGCGGCACCCGCGCGCGCGAGGUCGCCGUCAAGGUCCUGCACCACGCCCGCCCCAACGGCGAGGAGUUCCUGAACGAGGUGGUCAGCAUCGGCCGGACGUCGCACGUGAACAUCGUCACGCUCCUGGGCUUCUGCCUCGAGGGCUCCAAGCGCGCGCUGGUGUACGAGUACAUGCCCAACGGCUCGCUGGACAGGUACAUCCGCUCCGAGUCCGACCCGGCCGGCACGGCGGCGCUGGGGUGGGAGGCGCUGCAGGAGAUCGCGGCGGGCAUCGCGCGGGGGCUCGAGUACCUGCACGAGGGGUGCAACACGCGGAUCAUCCACUUCGACAUCAAGCCCCAGAACGUGCUCCUGGACGCCGACUUCCGCCCCAAGAUCGCCGACUUCGGGAUGGCCAAGCUGUGCAACCCAAAGGAGAGCAUCCUGUCGAUGGCGGACGCGCGGGGCACCAUCGGCUUCAUCGCGCCUGAGGUCUUCUCCCGCGGCUUCGGGGUCAUCUCCACCAAGUCCGACGUGUACAGCUACGGGAUGCUGCUGCUGGAGAUGGUCGGCGGGAGGAGCAACGCCAAGGCCUGCGCCGCCGACAAGUCCAGCGGCGGCGAGCUCUUCUUCCCGCUCUGGGUGUACGACCACCUGCUGCUUGAGGACGGCGUCGGCGUGCUUCGGGGCGGUGGCGGUGGCGGCGCGGGAGGCUCCGGAGAAGCAGCGGCAGGCGAGGAGAUCGCGAGGAAGAUGGCGCUCAUCGGGCUCUGGUGCAUCCAGACCGUGCCCGCCAGCAGGCCGUCCAUGAGCAGGGUGCUGGAGAUGCUGGAGAGGAGCGUCCACGACCUGGCCAUACCGCCCCGCCCGUACCACACUUCUCCGUCCAACUCCCCGUCGCCGUCGCACCCGUCGAGCUAUCCGUCUUCCACCUCGGAUUUCACCCAACGCUCUAGGUUGCGCACACCGGAGAGCACAGGGUGACAAGGGAUUGUAGAAGAAACGAAGAAUCAAGAUAGGUUGGCAACGUUGGAUUGUGCAGUUUGGGUAGAGGAGCAAAUAUGGAGCAUGAACAGAAUGUACCACAAACAUUUUGUGCAGGUUAACGAUUUAACAUACUAGAACGACUGAUGCUUCUGUUACGUGACCAGAACGACUUAUAAAUCGGACCUGUAGAGAGUAGGUUAUUAGAUAUAGAAUAUAUAUUAUAAUAGGUUAUUAGAUAAGGGGCACGAUCAUUUUUAACCUGGUGGUGGAUAUAACCACCUUUUUUAAAAAAAAAGUCUAAUCAACUAA